GUGUUUCGUUCAUGACUCGUUCAUCAGCUUGGCCUGUCGGUUUGCCAAGUUUUCGCCAUCGCUAGCCUUCAGAUCCAGACUAUUUCGUGAUCGGAAAAAUGCAACGAUCGAUUACAACGUUUUCGCGAAGCAUCUCUGCGUUAAGUCAAGUGAGAAUGGUUGGAGAACGUGGUUCGGGUGCUGGCAAGGGAGGAGGUAGUGGCGGUACUAUUCGUGAUGCUGGUGGUUCUUUCGGAAAGAUGGAAGCUGCCCAUGAGGAUCAAUACUUCUAUAAUCUGCAAAAGGAACAGUUACAAAAGAUGCGAGAGAGUUUGCACGAUGAGAUCUCAUUCCACGAGGAACAGAUCAAGCGUCAUCAGGAGGCUAUUAAUCGUCACAAAAAGCGAAUUACAGAUAUGGAUCAGAAAGAGUGAACAAAGUUAUAUUAGCGUGAUACUCCAGCUGAUUGGCGGUUUUAUUAUUGGUUUUGAUGUAAGAAAAUAGAUUGAAAAUAGUAGACCUAACGG